AUUCAUUCACCAUCAUCCUCUCUGUUAAAAUACACAGAAUCGAAGAUGGGGUCGCGAGGUUCCUCCACGGUGACGGCGGUGCUCUUUCUGGCGAUGCUCACUCUGUCGUCAGCUCUCGACAUGUCGAUCAUCUCAUACGACAAAUCGCACGCCGAUAAGUCCAGCUGGAGGACUGACGACGAGGUGAUGGCGAUGUACGAGGCGUGGCUUGUGAAGCACGGCAAGGUGUACAACGCCUUGGGGGAGAAGGAGAAGAGAUUCCAGAUUUUUAAAGAUAAUCUCAGGUUCAUCGACGAGCAUAACGCUGAGAACCAGGCCUAUCGCGUCGGGUUAAACCGGUUCGCAGAUCUGACCAACGAAGAGUACCGGGCAACGUACCUGGGCGCCAAGAAGUCCCCCAGGAAGGUCUCUAAAAGUAGUGAUCGGUACGAGCCCCGCGUCGGAGAUUCGUUGCCGGAUUCCGUCGAUUGGAGGAAGAAAGGCGCCGUGGUUGAAGUCAAGGAUCAAGGGAGCUGCGGGAGUUGCUGGGCGUUCUCCACGAUUGCGGCGGUGGAGGGGAUUAACAAAAUAGUUACAGGGGAUCUGAUCUCCCUCUCGGAGCAGGAGUUGGUGGACUGUGAUACCACGUAUAAUGAAGGAUGCAAUGGAGGUCUCAUGGACUAUGGUUUUGAAUUCAUUAUCAACAAUGGCGGUAUUGACACCGAGGAAGACUAUCCCUACGUCGCCGCUGAUGGCAGAUGUGACCAGUACAGGAAGAAUGCCAAGGUUGUUACCAUUGAUGAUUAUGAAGAUGUUCCGGAGAAUAAUGAGCAAGCACUGCAGAAGGCUGUUGCAAAUCAGCCUGUGAGUGUUGCCAUUGAAGCAGGAGGCAGGGCAUUCCAGUUUUAUGAAUCGGGUAUAUUCACUGGACGUUGUGGGACAGCCCUUGAUCAUGGUGUGACUGCAGUUGGGUAUGGAACAGAGAAUGGUAAACAUUACUGGAUUGUGAAGAACUCAUGGGGCAGCAGCUGGGGAGAGUCUGGUUACAUAAGGAUGGAGCGUAACUUGGCUGGUACUGCUACUGGCAAAUGUGGAAUUGCAAUGGAGGCCUCCUAUCCUAUCAAGACAGGCCAAAAUCCCCCCAAUCCUGGUCCUUCUCCUCCUUCUCCAGUCAAGCCUCCAACUGUUUGUGAUAGCUAUUACUCUUGUCCUGAGAGCAACACCUGCUGCUGUGCGUACGAGUAUUAUGGCUAUUGCUUUUCUUGGGGAUGCUGUCCACUUGAGGCUGCAACAUGCUGUGACGACCAUUACAGCUGCUGCCCACAUGACUACCCUGUCUGCAAUGUAAAUGAAGGCACCUGCUUGAUGAGCAAGAACAACCCAUUGAGCGUGAAGGCAUUUAAGCGCACUCCUGCAAUACCCUUCUGGGCACAUCGAAGUGAAGGGAAAAAGAGCAGCGCUUAAUCACAACCUUGGGCUACUAAGCAGUGGAUAAGACAGAGAAUGAAAGAAGCUUGACAUUUGCUCAAUCUGCUCCUCUGUUUUAUCACACUGCAUUCCUCCUCUCCUUUCCGCCAUUGCCCCACAACCACAGAUGGAUGGUCUAUUAAAAGUUUAGUCAGAUCAGAUGCCAACUAUGUGAAUAGCCUCCUAUUUGUCAAUGUUGCAUGUGAAACAAUAGACAGAAUGCUAUUAAUUUCUGAUAUCUUCUGUAAAUCAUAUCAUCAUUUAGCAAUGGCUUAAAUGAAUUGGUUGUCAAAAAAAUGUUGCUUGAAGUUUGCUUUUAUGCACAUACUUAGGGGGGUUCGUGGUUUGGAUGGAUCGUUUUUUUUACUAUUGUUCUAUCAAAUUCAAUUUAAUUUGAUUAAAGAAAUGUUAAAUCAAUUC